GAGUCAGCCCUGCAGCACUGAUCCCAGCCUCCUGAACCCAGAACCAGCCGUGUGGUGCCAGACUAGAACCAGCAUGAACCUCCAGCAGCCUGCUCCCCUGCAGCCUCCUGUUCAUCCUGAUGUACAGAUGAGGCCUCUGCCCUUCUACGAUGUGCUGGACGUUCUCAUCAAGCCUUCAAGUCUAGGACUGAGCACUGCACAGAGGUACCAUCAGGAAAAAUAUUAUAUUUUUGCUUUGACUCCACAGCAAGUUCGAGAAGUAUGCAUAUCAAGAGACUACCUACCAGGUGGCAGAAGGGACUAUAUGGUUCAAAUUCAACUGAGAUUCUGUUUGUCAGAAACAAGUUGUCCUCAGGAGGAUAAUUACCCCAACAGUCUGUGUAUAAAGGUCAAUGGGAAACAGUUUCCUUUACCUGGUUAUGCACCACCACCAAAAAAUGGUAUGGAACAGAAGAGACAAGGAAGACCUCUGAACAUCACACCCCUCGUCAGACUGUCAUCGGCUGUACCCAAUCAGAUUUCAGUCACAUGGGCACCUGAGGUUGGAAAGACCUAUUCCCUGUCUGUGUACCUGGUGAGACAGCUGACUUCACCUCUACUCCUGCAGAGGCUCAGGAUGAAGGGUAUCAGGAACCCAGACCACUCCAGAGCUCUGAUCAAAGAGAAGCUGACCGCAGAUCCAGACAGUGAGGUCGCUACAACAAGUCUCAGAGUGUCGCUCAUGUGUCCGCUGGGGAAGAUGCGGCUCACUGUGCCGUGCAGGGCGGUCACGUGUUCUCACCUGCAGUGUUUUGAUGCUGCACUCUACCUGCAGAUGAAUGAGAAGAAACCCACCUGGAUAUGUCCUGUUUGUGACAAGAAGGCUUCGUAUGAAAACCUCAUCAUAGACGGGUUGUUCCUGGAGAUCUUGAACGACUGUUCAGAUGUGGAUGAAAUCAAGUUUCAAGAGGAUGGAACUUGGUGCCCAAUGAGACAGAAGAAAGACCCUGUAAAAGUCUCAUCACAGUCAAGUGGAACUGUAGAGUCCUCAACUCCUUUACGCCAGCUGUCAGUGGUACCCCACCCUACAGAACCCAGCCCCACCAAGAAGACUGAUAUCAUUGACCUGACUAUAGACAGCUCCUCCUCCUCCUCCUCUGAGGAUGAUGAUGAUGAUGCAGAAAAGGACACAGAUCCUCCACUGAAGAAACAGUGUCUUUAUAUUUCCAAGCAUGAGGAAAUCCAUGCGAAGGGAGUUUUGGCUUAUCAGCCCUCGGUUCGGAUCCCAAACAUCCAGAGCCUGGAUCAGACGUGUCUAACAUCAACCCUGGUUGAUUAUGGAGUUCCCUUCCACCCAUCAACCCUGUCUACCAUCCCUACAGACAUGCAGAGUCUGUUGUCACUGAUCCAGACAGACCCUCAGCACUACAGACCUCAGAUGUUUUUGGACACUCUUCCGGGACACAUUCAAACUUCUGCUGCAGCCAGCACAAGCUCUGCUUCUCUUUCUUCCAGCAGCCACUAUGAUGCCAACAGCCACUCUGCCAGUUCGAUCCACGAGACGCAGGUCAUCACCGGAGGACGAGGAACUGACAGCAACAUAUCAGAGAUCAUUUCUCUGGACUGAGCCACGGUUUCUGAACCUGGUUUCUAAGACUUUGUACUUGUGGACUGUAUAUUUUACACAGGAGAGCUGCAUACCACCAAUCUUUGACCUGAAAUUUUUAUGAUGAAUUUGUAUCCAGGCACAUUUUUUUUGAAUUMAUUAAUAAAAACGUCCAGUUGUAUUAAUUCUA